CAACCACAACCACAUCUAACACAAAAAAUGUCCUCUGCUCAGACUCAGAAGAAGGGAAAGGUCCUCCUCGCCUACUCGGGUGGCCUCGACACCUCGUGCAUCCUCGCUUGGCUCAUUGAGGAGGGCUACGACGUCGCCGCCUUCAUGGCCGACGUCGGCCAGGAGGAGGACUUUGAGGCUGCCCGCACCAAGGCCAUGGCCUGCGGCGCCGUCGACUUCUUCCUUGUUGACCUCAAGCGCGAGUUUGUCGAGGAGCUCAUCUACCCCGCCGUCCAGGCCAACGCCAUCUACGAGAACGUCUACCUUCUCGGCACCUCGCUUGCCCGCCCCGUCAUUGCCCGUGGCAUGAUGGAGGUCGCCAAGCAGCAGGGCUGCGACUUCGUCUCGCACGGCUGCACUGGCAAGGGUAACGACCAGGUCCGUUUCGAGCUCGCCUUCUACGGCCUCGACCCCUCCAUCAAGGUCAUCGCCCCCUGGCGCGACCCCAAGUUCUACAACCGCUUCGCUGGCCGCUCCGACCUCAUCAAGUUCGCCGGCGAGCACGGUAUCCCCGUCACCCAGACCCAGGCCAAGCCCUGGUCGACCGACGAGAACCUCUUCCACAUCUCGUACGAGGCCGGUAUCCUCGAGGACCCCAACACCACUCCCCCCGACGACAUGUGGAAGCUCACCACCUCGCCCCAGAAGGCCCCCGAGACCCCCGAGAAGGUUGAGAUCGAGUUCACCAAGGGUCUCCCCACCAAGGUCACCUUCCCCGAGACUGGCAAGACCGUCACCGACUCGGUCGAGAUCUUCCUUGCCCUCAACGCCCUCGCCCGCAAGCACGGUGUUGGCCGUAUCGACAUUGUUGAGAACCGAUUCAUCGGCGUCAAGUCGCGUGGCUGCUACGAGUCGCCCGCCGGCACCAUCCUCCGUGUCGCCCACAUGGACCUCGAGGGCAUGACCCUUGACCGCAACGUCCGUGCCCUCCGUGACCAGUUCGUCACGACUGCCCUCUCGCAGAUCCUCUACAACGGCUUCUGGUUCUCGCCCGAGCGCGAGUUCAUCACCGCCUCGAUCCCCGCCUCGCAGAAGACUGUCAACGGUAUCGUCCGUCUCGCCGUCUACAAGGGCAACGUCAUCGUCCAGGGCCGUGACGCCGACGAGGGCCUCUACGACGCCAAGUUCUCCUCCAUGGACGAGCUUGGUGGCUUCGAGCCCACCGCCACCACUGGCUUCAUCGAGAUCGAGUCGAUCCGCAUCAAGGCCUGGGGCCGCGCCAACGCCAAGCGUGGACAGGCUGGCCUUACCCCCAAGGACGUCUACCACCGCGAGUAAACGUUCCGCAUUUUAUAGUUGCAUAGAGCGGCGUUGUGUCGUCAAGCCCUCUUUGGAUCCGUCAUUGUUUUGCAGCAUGUAAGAAUGAAAAAGCGUAAGGCAGCGGGUGGAACUACUCACUACCUAUCAG